CGGCGAGGGAGGCACGUCACUUCCUGUUUCUUUAGGGGAACGUGGCUUUCCCCAGAGCGCCGGAUCUUUCUCUCUGCGUCUCCGCUGCAGCGGCUGGAGCUGGAGUCGGACCCCGAGCGCAGCUUCGCCAUGGACUCGGCCGUCAGCGACCCGCAUAACGGCAGCGCCGAGGCAGGCGGCCCAACCAACGGCACGACGCGGCCACCUUCCACGCCAGAGGGCAUCGCGCUGGCCUACGGCAGCCUCCUGCUCAUGGCGCUACUGCCCAUCUUCUUCGGCGCCCUGCGUUCGGUGCGCUGCGCCCGCGGCAAGAACGCCUCGGACAUGCCUGAGACCAUCACCAGUCGGGACGCCGCCCGGUUCCCCAUCAUCGCCAGCUGCACGCUCUUGGGACUCUACCUCUUUUUCAAAAUAUUCUCCCAGGAGUACAUCAACCUCUUGCUGUCCAUGUAUUUCUUCGUGCUGGGAAUCCUGGCCCUGUCCCACACCAUCAGCCCUUUCAUGAAUAAGUUUUUUCCAGCCAACUUCCCAAACCGACAGUACCAGCUGCUGUUCACACAGGGCUCUGGGGAGAACAAGGAAGGUGGGAGGGGCAGCCCCGCCCCGGGGAGUGGACUUACCCGGCCUCUCUGCCCAGAGAUCAUCAAUUAUGAGUUUGACACCAAGGACCUGGUGUGCCUGGGCCUGAGCAGCAUCGUUGGCGUCUGGUACCUGCUGAGGAAACACUGGAUUGCCAACAACCUCUUUGGCCUGGCCUUCUCCCUUAACGGGGUGGAGCUCCUGCACCUGAACAACGUCAGCACCGGCUGCAUCCUGCUGGGCGGACUCUUCAUCUACGACAUCUUCUGGGUGUUUGGCACCAAUGUGAUGGUGACAGUGGCCAAGUCCUUUGAGGCGCCAAUAAAAUUGGUGUUUCCCCAGGACCUGCUGGAGAAGGGCCUGGAAGCGGACAACUUUGCCAUGCUGGGACUCGGAGACAUCGUCAUUCCAGGAAUCUUCAUUGCCUUGCUGCUGCGUUUUGACAUCAGGUCCUUGGGAGCUUGUUCCAGAAUCUGCACCAUUCCCAAAGGGAGUCUCUUGUACUCCAGGCUGCACAGCAGGACUGUUUUCAGUGGACUGCGGCUCCCAGCUCAGAAGCCGCCAGGGCAAAGGGAAAGGAGUCGGCCCCCCUUCGUUCCACAGAUGUUGCUAGACACACACAAAGGUCCUGAGCUGGCUUCGUGAAAGGGCAGCAAGUGAUGGCAAUGCCAGGAUGCUUGUGGGUCAGCUCUUCUGAAGCUGAUUUUAGGCGAAUUCCCCAGGACGCCACUGGCCUUUUAUCCUCGUAAUCAACAUCUUUUUAGUAUCCAUGAUGGGUUACUGAACUAUUAGCUCCACUGCACUUAAAAGUAAGAACUUAACUUUACAGUUUCUCCAUCUUAGUUCCUCAAAACAUGAGCCCCAAACCAGCAAGGACCUAUUCUUUAGCACAAGGAACUGUACUUAAUACUUUGUAAUCACCUAUAAGGGAAGAGAAUCUGAAAAAUAUAUGUAUAUCUGAAUCACAGCAUUAUACACCUGAAACUAAUAUGAUAUUAUAAAUCAGCUACACAUUUUUAAAAAGCCAAAAAUAAAGUUAUAAAACACACAAAUGCCAAAAUGCAGAUCCCCAUACUCAUUAGAUUAGACUCCCUGGGAACUAGACCUAGCACUCUGUUCUGUUUUGAGGGGUUUUUGGUUCUGUGGUUUUGUUUUUUGUUUUGGUUUUUUUUUUGGACCACACUGCUCAGCUUGUGGGAUAUCAGUUCCUUGACCAGGGGUUGAACCCAGGCCAUGGCAUUGAAAGCCUGGAAUCCUAACCACUAGGCCACCACGGAACUCCCACACAGUUCUUUAUUUUUUAAUAUGCUGUCCGGGUGAUUUUUAUGCUGACCUGAGCUUCAUAGCCACUGUUCUCGAUUAUAGCAUUUGAUAUUCAGCAACCAUCAGGGAGAUGGCGCGUGGCAUUCCUGUUUUGCAGAUGAUUAAACUGAGGCUGAGAGAAGGAAAGGGAUUGGUCCAGAGACGCUUAGAUGGGGCAGAACCAGAGUGCACGCCCGUCUCCACACCCCACAGCCCAUAACCUUAGCCCCACACAGCUUCCAGGGUCUCCCCAGCUCCUCUCCUGAGAGGGCAUGUGGCUCUGCAGUGCUUGUGUCUCACUCUCUCUCUCUACCCCAUGCCAUCG